AUGAUUUAAUCUGACGAGCUUCAAAUUGAUUGUUUGAAUCAAGAUCACAAAGGCUACGUUUAAUAGGUGUGCUUUAAUCUUUUCUGCAAAAUAGGAAGAUUAUAGUGUUUAUAAUGUAUUAAAAAGGAAGAACACUCUUCACACCCUGAGGAUUAAUAUGAGAUUAAAGAUAUGAUGGAAUAUAUUUAAGAGAUUUAAAUUAAAUGUGAUGAAUUAAUUUAAAAGUUAAGUUCAUAUGUUCAACUUAUCGAGGAAGAAUUUACUAUAUUGAAAUAAGGAUUACUAAAAAAAUAUCAAAUACCAAUCAAUAUUUUAAGGAAAUUAAAAAAUAAGUAAAUCAAUGUUGCUUUUGAUGAAAUAUUGAAAUUUUAAGAAACAAAAAAAUAAAUAACUUAAAAUUUAGAAAAAUGUACUAAUGAGUUCAUAAAUGAAUUAAAAAGAAAUUAUGCAGGGUUAGGAAUAGAAGAAUUAAAUUAUUUUGAAUAAUAAGAUAAAAUAGAACUUCAAAAAGCUGAAUAAUUAUAUAAAAAAGGUAUUUCAAUUAAAUAUAUAAGGUUAUAACCUACAAGACUGUAAUAAGUAUGAUGAAGCGCUUAAAUUCUUAAAUUAAUCAAUAGCUUUAAAUCCAAAUCAUCUACUUGCAUUGUAUUGCAAAGGUAUUUUUUUGAUAAAUUUAGCUUAUUGUUUAAGAAUGCUCAGCAAAUACAAUGAAGCAAUCAUAUGGGCUGAUAAGGCCUUAUUAUUGGAUCCAAAACAUCUUGAUUCAUUAUAUGUUAAAGGUUUAAAUUAAAUUUAUUUUAGCUCGAUCAUUAUAUUGUCUUCUAAAGUACACUUAAGCAAUUAAAUGGUGUGAUGUAGGAUUAUCGAUAGACCCUAAUAAUAAGAAUUUUUAUUAUACAAAAGGUUUUUAUAGAGGAUAAUUUAGUGAGGAGCUUAAUUUCAAAUGGUCAAUAAAAUGAAGCAAUAAUUAUGAUCGAGAAAGUUUUAUCCAUUAAUCCUGAAGAUGCAAACUAUUUAAAACUAAAGGUUGGUUGAAUCAUUUCAUUUAGGGUUAAUCAUUAAUGAACUUAAAAUAAUAUGAUGAGGCAAUCUCUUUUUGCGAUAAGGCAUUAAAAUAUGAAAACAAUGAUGAAAUGAUUUACUUUAUCAAGGGUAUAUUUCUAUCUAAAAGAUUAGGAGAGUGCUUACAAUUUUAAUAAAAAUUCGAAUAAGCAAUAAAAUGUUAUGAUUAAGCUUUGUCAAUUUAUUCAGAAGAUUUAACUAUAAAAAAUAAGAAAGGUAUUUAUUAAAAUUAAAAAAAGCUGAAUGUUAAAAAUUUUUGAAAAUGAAAAAUAAAUGA